AUGUCUGCACCAGCCCACAUGCAAUAUGGGGCCGCGGAGCGCCGGGUUGCAGUGCAAGAUCUUCUCCUGGAGUGCUUCCACCGCGCUCAGGGAGGGGCGGGAGUUCCCGGAGCCAUGCCUCUUCAUUCCAGAGGAGGCGCUCACGAUCUGACGCGGAAUGGGUAUACACGUCAAGGUCGCCGCUACGAAGGACCUAGGCCCCCGCCACCUGCACGCUGGUCGGGCCAGGCAGGCUACUGCGGCGGAGAAUCUCCUGGAUUUCGCCCACGAUAG